GCCCUGAAGGAAUGAGUCAUGUGACUUCAUGCUUUUCUCGCGAGAUCUUCCUGACUGCAGAAAACAUGGCAGACGAACACGCGCGGAAGUGGGACCGCUGCCUUGCUGACACAGCGGUGAAAACAGUAACGGGCCUCGGUGUUGGCAUUGUGUUCUCGCUCAUUGUCUUUAAACGUCGCGCGUGGCCUUUGUCAUUUGGUUCAGGCUUGGGACUGGGCAUGGGCUACAGCAACUGCCAGCAUGACUUUAGGUCACCAUAUCUGAUUCAUGGUCGCAUGGUUAAGGACCAGUAAUGAAGGACUGAAGAUGACGAGGGCUUUCUCAUCUGUUUAUUGUAAUGCUUGUUUUUGGGGGGGAUU